GUUUGCUGUAUGCUGCUAAAAGAGCUGAAGCUAGACAAAAGAUAUAGACUAGAAUGUUAAAGAUAUAAAUAAUCCAUUGCUUGUAUCAAUUGACCUUGGCCCAUAGCGUACUUAGAUUGUCAUAUUGUGUCUUCUCGGCCCGCGCCAACUGUAUCCCCGUUAGACCCUGGCAUCAUGGCCUCUAAAAAUUCAUCACCACCAAACUCCAUCUCCCAAACCCACAUCACCACCUCCCCUCCUCCUCACAAGCAUGUCCCCGGCACCAUGGAUAUGCCGAAGCUGCACCCGAGCAUUAACACGCUCUCACAUGCGCCAAUUCGUGCGCUUCGCCUCCAAUGAUGCCUCACCACUCCUCGCACCCGCCCUCCUCCAACGCGCCCAGUCCCUAACCACCGAACACGAUGGCCUCCAGAAAACCCUUAACUCGUCCUUCGACUCCUCCACAGCCAAGCGUGUCGGCGAACUCUCCCGCGUCGCCGAAGCCCUCAAAGAGUGGGAAACUUCCCAGUCGUCAGUCGCCGAGCGGACGUCCAUGCUCGACGACCCUGAUCAAGAUGCCGACCUCGCCGCUAUCGCCCGCGAUGAACUCAGCUCCGAGACGGGCAAACUUGAGUCCCUCGCCCGCAAGCUCUCCGCCAGCUUGACGCCCCGCCAUCCCUUCGCCGACUUUCCCUGCAUGAUCGAGUUCCGCCCGGGCCCUGGUGGUCUUGAGGGCCGAUACUUCAUGGACACACUUUUCAAGAUGUACAAGACUCCGACUCGCUUGUGCGUCCGACUCGCUUGUGGAGUACGUUAUUAUAGAUAUUAACUUCCGCCCGGGCUACAGGUUCAUCCACUUGUUCUGAGCAUGGAGAAAAAGACAGCAGAUCAGGUUCCUGAUGCAGCUAAUUUCCAUAUCGGUGUCCGGCAUGCUAUCCAUUGGGUAUUUCUUUUCUGAAUUCUGUGUUCAGAGAGGUGC